CUCGCUUAACGAUUCUCCACUAGUGUGAAAGAACGAAACAGCCUCGCAGCAACAUGAGGACUCUUCUGGUCCUGGCCGCGGCAUUGGCAGUCGCUUGUGCACUCCCUCGCCGACCAAAUGGUCGUCCGGGAAAUGCUGGUAUCAACUCCGGUGUCCCUGGAAAUGGUGGCUUCGUCUCUGGAUUUCCUGUGAAUGGAGGACUUAGUCAGACCUUGCCGGGGUCUGGUUUCGGACAGGGUUACCCAAGCUUCGGCGCUGGAUUCCCGGGCAAUGGCUUCGGUCAGCAGUACCCUAGCAGCAAUGGCUUCGGUCAGCGGUACCCUAGCAGCAAUGGCUUUGGUCAGCAGUAUCCUGGUAACAACGGCUUCGUUCAGCCAUUCCCGGGUAACAACGGGUUCAGUCAGCAGCUUCCUGGCAACGGCGGCUUUGGCGGUCGGUUCCCAGGAAACGGCUUCCAAGACAUUGGCUUCAACAGACCUCUCCGUAACUCCGGUGAACGAGACGACUCUAACAGUAGCGAGUCAAGAGAAAGGGAUUGAAAUGCCUGUAUGACACCUUGAAUUUUCCUGCGAUGCAUUAAAGAGCUACAAUCUGCAAU